AUGUCGCCGGUCUGGCUGGACCCCUACUCGCUGCUGGAUGGCUCCACCACGGCAGAUUCGAGGCUUUUGGACAGUGGUGUCUCUCUGAUUCGCCAGGAUACACCGCAACUGACGCUGGAGGACUAUCGGAGGUGGCAGUACUCGCCAGUGCCCUCUGCUUCUUUGCAACUUGAGCACAGGCGAAUCCGGCGGAAACCAUCAAUACAGAAUCUGACUGGGAGUUCUGCCCACUCCGCGUUUGUAAGGACGCCAAGCUCAAUUCCGCCUCCACCAAUCAACGAUUUUGGUGCGCACGGCUCAUUGCUUCAACAUCCACAACAACCGUCCACACCGCGACCGCGCGCCUACACCGUGUCCCCGUCGUUAUCCUCGACAAUCACGACGUUACAGUCGACACCAACACACACGCCAAUACUUCGCGGUGGCUCUGCCGAGGAGCAAACUGGGCAGCACGACCGGUGUGAGCUCAUCGGGACCAAACGUAAGUACUCCAGUGUGAAACGCGCGCGAAGAUUCCCACGGGAGGAGGCAGACAGACAGGGCAGUCGGGAAAGUGGCAUUUUUAAGGUAUAUGCCGCCGUGUUCGAUCUUUCAGGCGAGGAGAAAGGUCUGAGCAAGGAAGCGACUCUUCCAGCGGCAACGAUCAGCAAAGAUCGAGCACUUCAUCCCACAGUGCUUGACAUUCGACACAAUCAAGACGUCAGCCGGACGCCCGGCAGUGGGGAAUCUCUCCAUCGGCGGGACCAAACAGUCACUUCAUCGCUCUCGCUAUCAAAGUUCGAGUUUCCAGCACCUCCAAACAAGGACAACUGGGCUGGCGCAAGUGACUAUCUUCCAAAAUCACCAUCUGCCACCGUACUCUAUCGUGGAGCAUCCUUUGACCUCAUCAAUCCGCACGCAUCGCUUCUUCUAGGCGAACAUAAUAUCGAAACGCCAGCAGCCGAGAUAGACUGCUUACUCGACGACUACUUUGACGACCACGACAAUAUCUUCGCGAUGACUUCUAUCCCCGACUCGGGCGAGACGUCGCAACAGUCUCUGCGAACUGCCAACGACUCGAAACCGGCCCACAUCCUUUACGAUGAUGCAGAUACAGCCCGCCGCAAUAUACUUCGCAUCCCAACCCCCGUUAUCACUGAAGGCAAGGCAGUCGCCAAGGAGCCGCCAACUGAUAUGGAAUUGGGCUUCACGCCCCUCAAGAGAUCCAACACCAACCCUUUCCGUAACAAAAUGGCUACAAUCGGACGAUCUCUCGGCAUUGCUUCUGGUACAGAGAAUCGGGAUCUCGCAGAAGAGGGUCGUGCGAGUGACCAUGCCAAUGCUUACGGAUUUUCCAAGUCCAAAGGCAAUUUUUCCACCCAACGUCAAGGCAGUGCAAUGAAUCUGAACCGCUUCGUUGGGGAUGAUGGAGAGCGCUACUCGGGCUUGUCCAAUCCGUUCGAUCUCUCCGUCAGCGAGAUUGGGAACAACGCUGAGCGAAUGAACAUUGACGGCGUGAUGAAGCGAGGACGUCCUGACAUGGUGGAGUCUGCCUCAGACUCAACUGGUCAGCGUACCGCCCUGACUGUCGAAAAUGGCUCAAACACUCAUGCCAUGUCAGACACCGGAGGUGAUUACGAACUCUCCUUCAUCAACAGGUACGAUUACACCCGCGAUCCCUAUAUACAUGGUGGAAGCGAUCCCUCGCGGAGCGUGGCGUCUAUCGAGCUUGGUCGAGGCGACAACAAUAUUCCCGAGGAAGAAUCUGUUGGGUGGAUGACUCCAGUCUCCCCUGGUGCUCAGUUCCGUAGCUCUUUCCUCGGACUUCGUACCGUUGAGGACCCCAGCGAGAUGGUCCCGCGCCCACUUGCGUCUCGUCGGAACGGAUACGUGCCGCAUCGGAACAUGCCUUCGAUUCAUCGCCAAAUGCGUCUUUCUGACAUGAGCGAUAUUCCCACCAGCGAGCAAACCUACGGUGAGACCAACCAGCUUCUGCAGAUCACCCCGAACACCAACCCAAAUGUGGCCAUCGGUCGCCAUAACCAAGUCACUCGUACGCAGCCCGACGAUCUCCUUCGAAGCAUGGCCCUGUCAAGGUUGCGCCAUGCACACGAUAACAUGGAUGACUACCCAUAUUUCGACUUCAAUGGUGAUCGUGAUGGUAGAUCUCACUCACCUGAUCGAGUACGUACAGGGAGCGUGGUGGCACUCACUGCCUCCAUCACCCACAUCAAUCGUUGGUCAACACCCUCGCAACGCCAUGCCCCGAGCUUAUGUGGUGAAGGAGAUUGGGACACAGUUGUAGACGACGAUGCGGAGCAGGUUUCCCAGAUGCAGCGUAGCGAGUCACCAGGAUUCACAGAAGACGAAGAUCUUGACGAGAAUGGGGAUCGCUAUUCGCACUCUCCAGCGUCUGUCAUCCGUCAAGCUCUCCCUACGAACGAUCUCAAGCACCUGGCUUUGGACUCAUUCCCCAACCUGAACAAUCCAAGUUCGGAGGUCAGCCCGCAACGCGAGCGGAGUGAUGGUAACACCCGGGUGGGUAUGGAACAGUCGUCGUCGAGCAUGCCUCUCCCUCGCAUCUACCUCCCAAAGGGAGAGCCUCACCACGAUGUUCCAAAACCACGACGUGGCAUUGACUUUUCCUCGAGGCCUACCGGGGAUGUCAAGCGUGCUCUGACUAUCAUGAAGCGCAAAGCUACGGUUGACAAGCUCGGAGCUGGCCGGUUCAUGUCGCCUGGAUCCCACUCAGCACGUGAAUACAGUGACAUGAAAGAGAUGGAGCGCAUUCGAGUCUACGACAAGAACGCCAUGGAUGAGGCUAUUGCACGCUUCGAGUUCGACAGAUUUUGCAACUCGCCACCACCGGCGCAGACGUCAUCAAUGCCGGCCAAGUUGCAAAAACAGAGAAACACUCUCAAACGCCAGAAUUACCACCCAUCGAACUCGUUUCAGAAGAUUGCCGCACUUGGUCGCCAGGAUGUUGAUCACGGAUCCUUCUCCAGUCAGCGCGGCUUGCUGUCACCCUCCACACCAGAUACAAACCUUGAGUUCAGUGCAAGCUCAGGGACCUUCGUUACGGUCCGCAGCAAGAAGCACCUCACGGCCGAGGCGUUUCAUCGCUCGCGUCAGUGGGAUCCGCGCAACGCAAGCCCGACCAACACCGCACUGGGUCGCUUGCGAUCCCCUCCCAGCACUGGACAUGUCGUGAAUGGACAUUCCAAACUGAGAUCCGUUUGCACUCGAUCCGUACAGCAAGACGCUCCUGCUAUUGACGGGCAGAUUGAGUUGCGCGAGUUCAGGCUGAAGACGAGAUCCGGUCGCAAGGGUUUCUCCAACGAAGAGCUACUCCGACGUGAAGUCAAAUGGAAUGAUCAUCCCAUUGAGAACAGCCCACACCAGAACAAGGCUCGGCUACUUCCGCACAGGACGUACCAGGAGCAGACGAACAUCUCGGAUAAGUACCAGAGCUUGUCCAUCAUCCUCCCGUUCUGCGCACUCGCCUACGGGCUCGGUUGGUUCGACUGGAUCAUCACCCGUAAGACCCAAGGCCGCAUCACGAGCAUGGGCAGCAAGCAGAAGCGCCGCGCACUGAUCGUCUUUUUUCCACUCCAGCUCCUUGCCUAUCUCAUCGUGGGGAUUGUCAUUGGUAUUGUCGUGUAUGUGCGCUACUUCAACGAGAACAAGAAGCAUACUUAG